GGGAUUGUUUUUUUCAUUAAUACUUAUGAUUUUGGGGAAGUUCUUGAUUUACAUUGCGUACGCGUCCCGUCGUUUUUAUUGCGCACUAUACUAUGUAGUAGCUUUGUACAUAAAUACGCGAGUAUAAGCAUACACGCAAUCAUGUACGCACUAUUAUCAACAAAUGUAUAUACAUACAUAUGUAUGUAUGAUGCAGAUGAUGGUGGUGGCAGCAAUUCAUACUCAUUGCAGAGUGGUAGGAAGCAUAAUUUUCGGCUACUCACCCACCAGUCUGAGGUACGCUAUCUAACGUUGAACUUGCCAUUCGCGGGAAAGAAAAUAAAAUAUUAAGACAUGUGAAUGGUAGUGCGGAAAACUCUGAGUGUCAUAGCCUCAUAUGGCAUGAAAAGAAAAAAAUAUUUUUAUAAUAUUAUUGGACUAAAUUUGAUAUAUGGAAAGAUAAUGAAAGUUAAAGUGGAACAGGUUUAAUAAUUUGUCCACCAAUUGUUUGGGAAUUUCAAGAAAAUAUAACAAUAUAAUAAUAAAAAAAUGAAAAAAAAAAUAAAAAUAAAAAUUCAAUAUAAUGCACAAUAAAAAUUUUAUAUACCUACUAUUGAUAAUUGAUUGAAAUAAGAAGGAAAUGUCGAAUAACAAUCUUGGUAAUUAGAAAAAAAUUAAACCAAUAUAAAAAGAUGCAUGCAACACAAUAAUCCAAAAAUCCAAUUAUUUGAAUACUACUUCUGAAAUUUCUUCGCAAUUAACUACCUCGGCACUGCACUUAGACUGAUGAAGAGAAUAUUAAUGACUGAUUUAAACAUUACUCAUCCACCAAUGACUGAUUUAAAGACUGCGUCUGUUGGUUUGAAACAUCGAAUCAGCAAAUACAAAAUUUAUCAAUUACAAAAAGACAUUGUCAUAACUUUUAUGAAGAUGAACAUCUGCAAAUUCUCAAGUAUUAACUAAUUCAAAGCAAAAAUGUCACAACGCAACGUUAAUAGCAAUAAUUGGCGAUCAAAACAAAAUUGGAUAAGAAAUGUGCUCUGCAAAUCCGGCACAGAACUUAUGGAGAUUGAGGUAACACCAAAAAAAUUACAAAAUGACAUUAAAAGUCUUGAACGCAAAAGGGCUGGAAGAAAAACGAAUACAGAAGUCGCGGCCUCUGUUGCUGAUCCUGCUAAAGAGAUACCACAGAAAAUGGUAUACUACCAAUCCACACAAAUGGUGAUAAAAACUGAGCAUACUAGCCAAGAUCAAUAUUGCAUUCCCUUGCAAACAACAUCAACAGAUUCUGCGACAUCAGAACCAAACAUCGAAAUACAACCGCAAACAACUCCGCAUGCGCAUAGCAGCAGUAGCAAUGUCUUAAUGAUGGACCAUCGUCAACAAGCACAGCACUUAUCAACACAAUUACCUCAUACAAGCAUUGCCCCAUUUAACAACACACAUAUUACUACUUCAAAUAUAAAUUUACCAACCAAUAUAAAAGCAGAACCCAAUAUGGGGAUAUUUGGAACAAUGAUACCUGCGGAAAAAGGUGAUACCACCGUAGUCACAACCAUGCCAUUAAACACUGGUACUUCCAGUGCAAUGACAAUAAGUCGGAAAGCAGCCGUGAAUAAGCCACAAUUCAAAUGCGUACAGUGCGGAAUGACCUUUGGUAGUAAAUCGGCUCAUACAUCUCAUACCAAAUCACAUGCGAAAGGCAAUGAUGUAGUUGGUAGUAUGGGCUUAGGAGCGGUGAAAUUGGCGGAGGUUAGUGAAAUAACUAUGCCAACCGAUAUUCCGAAGCUCACCAAUACAUCUGGUGUUGCUGGUGGCGAUCCGUAUCAAUGUAAUGUUUGCAAAAAAACUUUUGCGGUACCCGCAAGACUGAUCCGUCAUUAUCGCACGCAUACUGGUGAAAGACCCUUUGAAUGUGAAUUCUGCCAUAAAUUGUUCAGUGUGAAGGAGAACUUACAGGUCCACCGUCGCAUACAUACCAAAGAACGACCGUACAAAUGUGAUGUUUGCGAGCGCGCUUUUGAACACUCUGGAAAACUACAUCGGCACAUGCGCAUCCACACUGGCGAACGCCCACAUAAAUGCUCCGUCUGCGAGAAAACUUUCAUACAAUCCGGACAAUUAGUAAUACAUAUGCGCACACACACUGGAGAAAAACCAUAUAAAUGUCCAGUAGAGGGUUGUGGCAAAGGUUUUACCUGUUCAAAACAGCUGAAAGUACAUUCACGUACUCACACAGGCGAAAAACCAUACCACUGCGAUAUAUGCUUCCGCGAUUUCGGUUACAAUCAUGUACUUAAACUACAUCGAGUACAACAUUAUGGCUCUAAAUGUUAUAAAUGCACUAUUUGCGACAAAACAUUUAAAAGCAAAAAAGAGAUGGAAGCACAUAUUAAAGGUCAUGCUAAAGAAUUGCCCGAUGAAGAGGAGGAUCAAAAUGUGAGUGGCACGACGACUACUGAAAGUAGUGGACAUGUGAAUAACUCAAUGUCAAGUAGUUCUGGUGGAGAAGGGUCACCUGCACCUGGAUCGCCGCUGUCACCAGUAAGCGCAAAUGUCACGAUUACUAAAUCUCGUAUUGCUUCGGACUUACCGAAUCCUCCAUCGCCCAGCUCAGCACAAUCUACUUUAUCACCAAGUUCAUCCCUUGCUUCUGCAUCGCGUCUCUCGGCUAGUUCUCCCGAACCUUUGACCACAUCGCCACAAAGAACACAAACUAUGGAAAUUGACCAUCUUAGCCAUCAUAAUGGAGCAACAAGCUGCAACACUAAUCGUCAAUUGGCACUCUCUUUAGCUUCAAUUAACCUAAAUGAUAAUCGUACAAAUCAAUCUUUUACUUAUAUAAUAGAAGAUCUACCAACCGAUCUUAGCAAGCAGCCUAUAGUGCAGAAUUCGCAGCCACCUACAGCUACAAAAGUUUUCCAACACAAUCAGCAGCAGAAUGCAUUGGGUUAUCAACAGCAGACUGUUCCAUCAUUCUAUAGCCAGCACCAUCCGAAACAUCAACAUAUGGAUUUAGAUCAGUCAGUUCAUGAGCCGCCCACCAUCAAUCCAGCUUUACUCGAAGCAGCAUCUAUUGUAAGGCGGAGGGAUAUGCUCGAUGCGCAGUGUGAAGAAGCUAUACUCAAAAAUGCAUACAUAAAAUCAUCAAGCAUUUCUGAGCAACAAAUCAAAUCCCAACAACAACACAAACGCAAUGAAUACCAAAAUCAACAACAAUUAAACGAUCCUGCUUAUGCUAUCGAAGCCUCGACUUCAAUUUUGUCUCCUCUGUCAACAUCAUCAUAUUCAAUGGACCAGCCGAUUGGCCACGAUCUGUCCCAAUACGAUGAUACUCGAGAAGCAAAUGAAUUGAUUGAACACUACAAGCGUGGUGAGCUUGCACGACAUGGUCUGCACAAAGGAUACGCACCAGUACCCAAAUACGAAUCUUCCCUCCUCAAUAACCAGAUUGUACGCCAGGUAGAAGCGGCAAUAGCGCCAUUGCGCUCUUCAACUGAAUCGCCGGAACGCUCUUCAUCACCCGAAAGUGAUUCUAUGAUGAUGGCCGACCGUGAUGUAAUGACAUUACCGUUGCGCAAACGCAAGCUUUACAUGCACGAAGGAUCGCCAAUGGACUCAGGAGCUAUGAAUGUUUCUCCACGUGAAUUUGAUAAGACAAUGAGUCAUCCCGAUAUAAUAGCCGCCGUAAACAACGAAUCAAAUCAUGGUUUAAGGGACGCUGUCGUCGAAGGAUCUACUGAUGUCAAUAAUGAAAGCAGUUCGAAAGUAAUGCGAAUAAGUUCGGUUAUACAAUUCGCUAAGGCAACAUAACCUAAAACAUACGAGACGGUAAACUACUCUCAAAAUCAUUUAAAGACUGUUACAAAAUUGUAUUUGAUGCUGCAAUGAUAUAAAGUGCGCUACAUUAGACUAUAAGACAGAUCCGUUGGUACAGGAUUUUCAUACAUCCAUACAUACAUUUUUACACUUAUAUGCUACGCAUAUAUGCACGGAAUUUUAGAAGUUAAUGUUUAGUUGGAAAUUUUUAUUAGCAAGGAUUUUGCCAAAAGUAUUAUUUACGAUCUGAAAUAAUAUUUAUAUACAUACAUAUAUACAUGCGAAUGUGCAUGUUGACAUGUAUGUAUAUAUGUAUGUACAUAUUUACAUACAUAAACGCAAACACUGGUCUUAAGUUGGCGUUUAAUGUGAAGCAACAUUAAUUAAUAUAUAUUAUAUUAACCUAGCCAAUAAAUAUUUAGUUUAAUUUAUGUUAAAAUUUAAGAGCCUCAAAAAUGUAUCUAAUAUAAAAAUAUAUAUACAUGCUUAUUAUUAUAAAAUUACUUAAAAGAGGGCUUAUUUGUCUAAGCAAGCAAGUGUGUAUUUUACAUGAACAUUAAAAAGUAUUACGUACAUACAUACAUAAUAUUUGUUCGAGGCUUGUAACUACUAAUAGUAGGAAGAGAAUAGAUAUCUAAGAUUUGAUAUUUGCGGGUAUUUUGCUGAUGUAUUAAUAUUUUGUCGGAGUCAAACUGGAACACACUUUUCGAUAUGUGGAUAUAACUGUGUUUUUCAGGCAAUAUGUAGUACCACUAACUAAACAACUAAGAUCAUAACUCAGUGAUCAUGAAUAGAGAGUUAAAACUGAAUAUUCGGUUUGAAUAUCUAUUUUUAUUGAAAAAUAAUUUCUCGUCUAAAAUGUGUUUUUUUAAAUAAAAUGCGCAAAUUCCAUCAACGAGGAAGUCUUUCAUGAAAAAUCUUGACGUUUUGCGAAAAUACAAUUGAUGAAAAAUUAAAAAAUUACUAUUUUGAUAGACUGCUUAAUAAGUUAAUAAAGCAUACAUAUAUAUGUAUGCUCUAAUAAGUAAACUUUAAUUCCAAAUACAAAUACAACUACAUGCAUACAAGUUUCAAUUAAAACGAAAGUUAUUUGGGAAGGGACUUCCUUUAAUUUUGUUCUAUUCAUCUGAAUUCCGAUAUAUAUGUACAUAUGUGCAUAUUGUAGGAUAUUACAAUUUAAUACGCAAAUGUGUUUAAACCAGUACAUAUUUCAAUUUUAAAUUUGUACGAAAAGAUGCUUACCUUUUCUCGAAUACUUAUU